AUGGAUGACGACAAGUUCGAUCUGUACAGCGACGAUCUGUACUCUGACGUGCUGGGCAAAGCAGAAGACGGUCAAGCUAUCAAGGUAGAUCCUGAAGAGACCGAUCCGGCCUCGACCUCUACCAAGCGUCAACGUGCCGAAUCGGCCGACGAAAAACCUCCCACCUCGUCAACCACGCAGCAAUCAACACAACCUUCCACAUCGUCGUACCAACGACAUCAAGAUGAGCCUCUUUCCGCUGGCCCAUCGCUUCCCGCCAUCCCAAACAAUACCGCUGCACCGCCUGUCAGGAGUACAAUGUCGACGCUUGCUGGACGACCCAAAGUGACCGAUCCGAACAUCCAAAAUGCGGUUUACAUUGGUGAUCUCAAUUGGUGGUCCACCGACGAAGAGAUCCGUCAGAUCGCAUCGUCGGUCGGCGUGACGCUAAGCUUGAACGAUAUUACAUUUUCGGAGCACAAAGUAAACGGCAAAAGCAAAGGUGUAGCCUACGUCGAGACCGAGAGUGAAGCGGAUGCACGGAAGAUCAAGACGUGGUUCGAGGAGAAUGACUUCCACUUCAAAAGGGCCAAUGUCACCCUGACGACCAGUGCGAAUGGAAAUCCAUUUAGGACGUUGCCGAAGGACCCAAUGCCCAAGUCGGAACGAGCGCAGAGAGGUGGUGGCGGUAUGGGCAUGGGAAUGGGAAUGGGCGCAAGAGGAGGUGGUAUGGCAGGCGGUAUAGGUAGGGGAGGUCACAAUGGCCCACAAGCUCCUAUGGCAGGAGCGCCGAUCAGGAUGGGUGGCAGCAAUGCCAAUGUUCCGCCGAUGGGCAUGAUGAAUCCAAUGAUGAUGGGCAUGAUGGGCGGUGCAGGUCCAGGCACAGGCGCGAAUCGACCGUACGGUAGAGGAGGCGGGCGUGGUGGAGGCAACGGUUGGGGCGGUCGCGGUGGUCGCGGUGGCAACGCUGGUGGCGGUGGAGGAGGUGGUGGUGGUGGAGGGGGGCAUUUCAAUCCCAACUUUUUUGGCAUGCCAGGCGCAGGUGGGAUGAUGGGAAUGCCGAUGGGCGCUGGUACUGGCGUCGGUCCAAAUGGAGGACAGCAAGACGACCGUGAACGAAAACGUCAUCGCAUGGACGAAAACUGA